AGUGGAGUCUGUCAGCCGAGAGAAAGUCUGACCGCGACCAAGCCAAAAACCCUAACCGGCCAGAAAUAUCUCAGACUCAUUCCAUUUCAACCAUCUCUAAAUUUAUUUUAUCGGAGGUUCAAUUUUGUUUCUUCUCAAAAGGUUCUCACUCAGUAAUCUUAAUUUCAGCAUUUUUUGGUAGUAGAAUGAGUAACUUCAGGUUAUUGUUAGCGGAGGCAGCAUUAAAAGGGGUUACAGAAGCUCGAGCUCGGAUAUUUGGGCAUGUGCUAAACCCAACAGGACAACCAUCUGGUAUCAAAAUUCUUCGGAAAAAGCUUAUUGGUGAGAAGGUGGCUGCAUGGUACCCGUAUGAUAUCAAGAGGGAUGAUCCUCUUGUCAUGGCCCGUGAAGAAAAAGCGCGAUUAUCGAAGCUUGAAAUGCAGAAACGACGUGGGAAAGCUGCACCUAAGAAAGGUCAAGGAAGACGUGCUCUCAAACGCAACAAGUAGAGGUGAUUUGACAAGUGUCUUUAACUGCCAUUUUAGGAGGAUUUAAGUGUGCUAAAAUUUGUUGAAACAAGUCUUAAAUCAACAAUCUCAUUUGUCGUCACAAUAACAUUAUUAGUUUAUCUGUAGCAAAUGUGUGCAGAUAGUUUUUUAUGUUGGAAAUUUCAGCUCCAUGAUCAUCA